AUGGUCGAUAUCUUGAAUCGAGCUGGUAUGUCAGAUUGUAAGCCACUUACUACACCAGCUGCGGUUUCUCACGCCGUCAGUCCCACGAGUCAGCCGUAUGAUAACCCCACUCAGUACCGGCGUAUUGUUGGUGCGCUACAGUAUCUCACUAUCACUCGUCCGGACUUAGCAUAUGCUGUCAACCGGCUCUGGUGUCCACUUGACAGGAAAAGCACCAGUGGAUAUGCAGUGUUUCUAGGUGGCAAUCUUAUCUCUUGGCUCUCUCGGAAGCAGCGCACGGUAGCCCGCUCGUCAACUGAGGCUGAGUACAAGGCCUUAGCCGAUGUCUCGGCAGAGGUCACCUGGGUUGUCUCUCUUCUACGGGAACUUGGGUUGCAUUCUGGCCAGCCGCCGACUCUGUGGUGUGAUAAUCUCGGCGCUACCUAUCUCUGUGCCAAUCCGGUUUUUCACGCCAGGACCAAGCAUGUCGAAAUUGACUUUCAUUUUGUACGCGAUAAAGUAGCGUCUGGGGAAUUUGUCGUCAAUUUUGUGUCCACUAAAGACCAGCUCGCAGAUAUCUUCACCAAACCACUACCUGGACCACGGUUUUCAGCUCUGCGCACCAAGCUUAAUGUAGUUGCUCACCCACCUUAA